AUGAGUGAAAUAAAAAAUUCACAUCGACAUUCUUUACUAUUUGAAUGUUUUCAAAUUGGUUCAUUAUGCAUUGUUUGGUAUAGUUCAUCAGCAGCAGGCAAUGUCAUUGUUAAAGAAUUAUUAAAUGAAUUUCCGUUUCCGUUAACUGUUACAUUAGUACAAUUGUUAAGUAUAUGGAUUCUUUGUAUUCCACUUAUUCGAAUAUGGAAAGUUCCUCCAUCGGAAUAUCUUCAUCAAAAUCGAAUUUAUUAUUUUAAAGUUAUAAUUCCAUUAGCAAUAGGUAAAUUUCUAGCACAAUUAUCAUCACAUGUUAGCCUUUGGAAAGUACCUGUUUCCUAUGCUCAUACAAUAAAAGCAACAAUGCCAUUAUUUACUGUCUUCUUAUCUCGAUUAGUUCUUCAUGAAAAACAAACUAUGCCUGUUUAUUUGUCACUUAUACCUGUUGUAGUUGGAGUUAUUAUAGCAACAAUGACAGAAAUUUCAUUUAAUAUGACUGGUCUUAUUAGUGCUUUAUUAUCAACAUUUGGUUUUUCAUUACAAAAUAUUUAUUCAAAAAAAUCUUUGAAAGAUAUUGCAAUUCAUCAUUUUAUAUUACUUUCUUUAUUAGCAAAAAUAGGCUCUUGUCUAUUUAUACCAUUUUGGUUUUAUUAUGAUGGAACUGAUAUUUAUUACAAUCAGAAAUACCAUGAAUACAACUUAGUAAUACGAGUCUUGUUUUAUUUAAUUCUUGAUGGUAUACUCAAUUUUAUACAUAAUGUUGUAGCAUUCACAAUGAUAUCACUUGUAUCACCAUUAUCAUAUAGUAUUGCUAAUAGUACAAAACGAAUUGUUGUUAUUAGUAUAUCAUUAUUAAUAUUACAAAAUCCAGUAUCAAUAACUAAUAUUAUUGGUAUGAGCUUAGCUGUAUUUGGUGUUAUGCUUUAUAACAAAGCCAAAUACGAUCAACGUCGUGCUCAACAGAAAGAAGCUGUUUUACCAUUAGUUCGAAGUGAACCAGCAUUACCACUAUUGAAUCAUGAUGAACUUCAAUCUUCACAUCCAUCUUCUGAAUUAAUAUCUCGUCAUCAUCAAAUAUCACUUGAAUCUCGACCAUCGAUCUCUUAUGAAAAUCAAACAUUUAAAAAUGUUUAA